CCCGCGUAGUGUAACAGAAUCAACCGCUCAAAACACCGUCCCUCUCUCUCUCUCUCGAAAACAACAGAGACAGAGGAGAGAGAAACAAUCAUUCAAUCAACAAUGGGGUCUCUCCCUCCAUGUCCAGACCUCUCACUCCCCUCUUCCAAAGAAACCCUAAUCGACCCAAACGACCUCCUCAGCCUCUUCAAAUCCCAGCAAAAGUAUCUCAAUUUCUUCUUCCAAAACCUCGAUCUCUCCCAAACCCUAGCCUUCACUCAGACCCUCUUGAACGCCAAGGGCACAAUCUUCUUCUCCGGAGUCGGAAAAUCAGGCUUCGUCGCCCGGAAAAUCUCUCAAACUCUCGUUUCCCUCGGAAUCCGAUCUGGGUUUCUCUCCCCUGUCGAUGCCCUCCAUGGCGAUAUCGGCAUUCUCUCCGAUUCCGACAUUCUGGUGAUGUUCAGCAAGAGCGGAAACACCGAGGAGCUAUUGCGGCUCGUGCCGUGUGCGAAGGCGAAAGGGGCGUACUUGAUCUCUGUGACGUCCUCGGAGUCGAAUUCCUUGAUGGGUUUGUGUGAUUUGAAUGUGCAUUUGCCUCUGGAGAGGGAAUUGUGCCCGUUUGAUUUGGCGCCUGUGACCUCGACGGCGAUUCAGAUGGUUUUCGGGGAUACGGUGGCUAUUGGGCUGAUGGGUGCGAGGAAUUUGACUAAGGAUGAGUAUGCGGCGAAUCACCCGGCUGGGAGGAUUGGGAAAAGCUUGAUUUUCAAGGUGAAGGACGUCAUGAAAAAGCAAGAGGAGCUUCCUGUCUGCCGGGAAGGAGAUAUGAUUAUGGAUCAGCUAGUAGAGCUAACUAGUAAAGGAUGUGGAUGCCUUCUUGUUAUUGACGAUCAGUACCACCUGAUAGGCACAUUUACUGAUGGAGAUCUGCGGCGCACCCUGAAAGCUAGUGGGGAGGGGAUUUUCAAACUCACAGUAGGGGAGAUGUGCAACAGGAACCCGAGGACAGUUGGUCCAGAUGCAAUGGCAGUUGAAGCAAUGGAGAAGAUGGAAUCUCCUCCAUCUCCGGUUCAGUUCUUGCCAGUCAUCAAUCAUCAGAACAUCUUAAUUGGUAUUGUUACACUGCAUGGAUUGGUGUCUGCUGGCUUGUGAACUUUGUAAGGUUGUCAUGCGCUCUAUUCUAUCUUCUGUUUGUACAAUAGUAAUUCUUUGUAAUGUUUUUUCCUCGACCCUGCCUUAGCGAGAGCCUCAUGCACUAGGUCGCUCUGACUUCUCUUCUAAUGAGGUGGUGUAUCUGUACUUUAGAUGAUUAAUUUUGUUGUUGCCAAGAAUGUCAAGAGGUAAUAUUGUAUUCUUUAUUGUAAAAUCUAGUGAGUUUCUUGAGCUUCCUAUCUUAUAUUUUUCUUGAAAACUUGAAUAUUAGUUUUUAUAUUCAUUGUAUUUAUUGUAUUCUUUAUUGUAAAAUCCAGUGAGUUUCUUCA